CACACACACACACACUAUAAUCUAAACUGUUCAGGUAUAGCUGGAUUUUACUCCGUGUCGAUUCACCGUUACUCCUUAACCACAUGAAUGUUCAUUGUCACAGCGGGAGCGGAAUCUGCUCAGGCGACACGGGAUCCUGCUCCCAAAUGGAAACGCAUACCAUGGGACCUGUACUUUUAAUUCAGCAAUUCAAAAUCAUGAGAUGCAUAAGAAGAACAGUCUAAGAUUGGAUAUAGGUUUUACAUUUUGGAGUUGAAUACCCGAAGAAAACUGGCUGCAGUGGGAUAGAACUUUCCUCUAUGUGCUAAUUGAUGAAAAUAACACUGGGAGAUAUGAAGUGUGGGGAGGAAACAUUUCUUUAUUUUUUUCUCCAUUACAAAGGAAAAACUGUACCCCCCAGCACUUUAAAGAUGGCAUACCGUUUGAAGUAUUCAUUUAUUGUUGCCACUACUUUCCUCCUAAAUAUUGAUCUGUGUUAUUGCGCUUGUGCCCGAGCUGAAUAUGAGAUAAAUGGAGAAUGUUGCCCCAUGUGUGCACCUGGAACCCGGGUUUAUAGGCAUUGCACUGAAUAUAUCAGCACAACUUGUGUGCCGUGUGUUGAUGCAACUUUCACAUCUGAGCCCAAUGGCCUUCCAAAUUGCUUCAUCUGUGCAGUGUGUGAUCCUGGGCAGGGUUUGAAAGUAAAAACAGCCUGUACACAGACUUUAAAUACAGUUUGCGAGCCACUGGAGGGAUUUUACUGUACUAACAAUGAAAAAGAGAGUUGUACACAAGCUGUGGAACACACGAAAUGCAGCCCGGGACAAUAUAUCAAGCAGAAAGGAACAGCAGAUAAAGAUGCAGAAUGUGCUGGAUGUAAAAAUGGGACCUACUCUGAAGGUUCACAGGAAAUUUGCAAACAACAUACAAAAUGUGAAGAUUUGGGACUUACAGAAAUAAAACCAGGAACAACUAUGUCUGAUGUGGAGUGUGGAAGUAAAAUUCAAGUGGCCCUAAUAGCUGGGAUUAUAAUUUCCAUCGUUGUUGUGGCUGUAGCACUAGUAAUACUUUUCAUUAGACAUAAGAUUGGAAGACAUGCAGUGAGGAAUCCAGAGACAGAAACAGGUGUAGACACUAGAGAACCUGGAUCAGCGAGACCAUUUCUCCGACCCAGAACAGCACACCAUGGACAUACAACUGUGCCAGAGUAUAUUUCUUACUGUGGAACUAGAAAGCAUUGUCCUAAUAAAAGAGGAACAGUUAAAUGCCAAAGUUGAUGGACUUUGUGAAUGGACAACAUUAAACAGACAAGAUCCCUUGUCUGGACAUCGCUGCACUCAUCAGAACCAUGGUUUCAUCACCCAGGUCUGCUACUUAGUAAUACUACCAGUGCUGCAUACCACAUUCCCAUAAAGCCUUAAACUUGACUCAACCUGCCUUUUUUUGAAGAAAGAAAUGAGACAGCCAUUGCUACAAAUGGAUUGCUACAAUGAUAAUGCAAUGACUUUUUCUUUUCUGAUUAGAAGAAUCAUUUACUCAGGCCCGUAGCCAGCCUAGUGCAAGGGGGGGUCCUUUUUUUUAAAAAAGUGGCCCUUUUUUCUUAGUACUUUGUAUUUGACCGUUUACUCAUUUUGUAUUUCAUUUUGAGGAUGAAAUACUGCAUUUUAGUGACAUGUGCUGGAUUAGCUUGUCUGCUGGUAUCAUAAUGUGCAUGCUUUUAAUGCACCAAAAAUAUUUACUACAAUGUUGUCAAAUUGCUUAUCAAGAUCACGUGCGACUUUUUUCACUUCAAAAACACACCCACACACACACACACACACACACACACACACACACACACACACAGUGUUCAAAAGUUUAAAAACCACACUAACAACAGAAUACAUUUAAGGAAUUUUUACUGGAAUAUUAUUAAACUACAAAUUCAACUUCUCUCAUCAACACGCUCUCUCAUUUCUUUGUCUUUGCCUCUUCACUUUAUUGAACUUAUAUAAAAUAUAUUUAAUAUUCAACGAAUUGUUAUUCAUAUAGUCUAUUAAUUAGGCGAAAUAUAAUAAAAUAUGUUAAAUUCAACCUUUAAAAUCCCAGUCAUAUAGCAUAAUUCAAU